AUGAAUCAAAAAUAUUGCUUUAAAUCUUAUUUCUCUUAGCAGUGUACUUAGUUUUGGGAUAACACGAAAAUUGAUAAAACCUAAAAAUAUACAAUGGAAGACCUUUACUAUAUUUAGACUCCUUUAGAAACUAUGCCUUGCAAUCUGAGAAUGAACAAGAAAAACCUUAUAAUGGAGUAGGACGAUGUAAGAAAUUCAUUAAUAGUACAUAGAGAUAGUAUAGUACGAACGUGGAGAAUGCAGGACUGGAAUUAAUCACGAGUGACUUCAAUAACGAUUAGGGAGUAAGAAUAACGAAGGGGAAUUAUACUUUUGAGUUCUUCGGUAAAAUAAAGUCGAUAUUUGACCAACUGAAGAAGACGAGCAUCCAAUUUAAUUUCACUCAGAGAUACACGAUAAAGAAAAUGAUAGCCAAGGGGACAUUUGCUACAGUAAUAAAUUUAUUUAUUUUUAGAUUUAUUUGGCGGAGUGCAAAUUCACUCAGAAUGAAUAUGCAGUGAAAUGUUUUGAAAAGCGACAAAUUUCAAAUGAGAAGGAUAAGAAGAAUUUAAUAAAGGAAAUGUAGAUCCUCCGUUUAAUGAAUCAUAACCAAUUAUUGACGAUAUACGAAGUGUUCGAAAACUCAAGCUAUAUAUACUUCAUCCAGGAAUUAUUAAAAGGAGGAGACCUCCAUGAAUACCUGGAGAGAAGUGAGAAAUUGAGUGAAGUCAAAGUCUCCCAGAUAAUCUACAAUUUACUGAAUGGGGUCUAGUAUAUGCAUUCUUAAGGAGUGCUCCACCGAGACAUCAAGCCAGAAAACCUAAUCCUGAGACAGAAGAACAAUUUAAAUGAUAUAGUGAUAGGUGAUUUUGGACUUGCAGACAUCUACAAAUACGAUGGGAACUAUUUAUAUCGAAGAUGUGGGACACCAGGAUACGUGGCUCCUGAGAUACUCCGUGGACAGCCAUAUGAUUAUAAGGUAGACAUCUACAGUAUCGGUGUUCUGCUAUACAUACUACUAUCUGGUAGGAGACCAUUCGUGGGUAAGAAUAAUUAACAAACCAUUAAAUUGAAUGAGAUGGGGGACAUCAAUUACGACGACAUCGAAUGUAGUUCAGAGGCAAUGUCUUUGAUGAAAAAGAUGUUGGAGUCAUAGCCAGAGAAUAGAAUUUCAAUACUUUCAGCUAAGUAACAUCCUUUUAUCACCAAUAAUGUAUAAAAACGAGAGUCUCAAAAGUCGAAGAACACGUUGAAAUUAGAUAUGAAGUGUAUUGCACAAUAGGAAUGUGUGUCAGUGUCACCUAUCUUGACUUCCAGACCAAUCAAUAGACAUUCGUUAAUGAACAACUUUACCAUUCAUACUCCACGAUAAUUGCCCAGACUGAGUCACGAUGUUAAAGCAAUUGCAAAGACUGAAUCAAAUGAUGUUCAUCGAACUACAAUAUCUCGUUAAAGUAUGAGUAGAGCAAAUCUAAGAUUAAAUAAUCAAUUCACUAAUCUUUAAGUGUUUUUAUGA